UGGAGAUAAAGCAUUGAAUCACAGGCAUCAGUGCAUCUGUCCCAGCAACCACAACAGCAGCACAGUCAGACAUGGCAAACAGACGGACGGGAGGAACAAACACACAGACAGGUAUCCACCACGACAAGCAACCCUGGCAGGUGCAGCAAUGAGAGGGCUUAGAAAGAGAGAGAGGGGGUAAAAAAAAAAAAWAAAAWAAAAAAAUUGGGGGGGUUUUAUAUGGCCUCAUUGAAGACUCUCCAAUGGCGAUCAGUAAAAGGUAGCAGAAUUUGGACUUUAUUAACCCUGCAUCCUUUAAGUUAUGUUUGUGCUGUUUUUUGUUUGUUCCCAUUUGGUUCAUUCAAGUCUGAGGAGCUGUUAAGUGUAAAUUACUCUCUGGUCUCCAAGUGUUAGUGUGUUUUUCUUUUCUUUUCUUUUUUUUCGUGAGAACAAAUUUCAGCUUAGUAAAUUAUUGCUCUGUAGUGAUUUUAUUCCUUGAAGGUCCAUUAAUCCAAAUGAAGAGAUUGCUAUCAAGCUGACUAACUCUCUACUCAGCGAUCAGUUAAUUGUAAAUAUAUCAGUUUAGACCGUGAUAAUUGCAGGUUUGAUUUUGGCCUUGCUCUUGAGAGGAAUUUUAGUAUUGCAUUAUUUAUGUGGUUAUGUAUCAAAACUGGAAAGGUUUAAACUCAAAUGACUACUUUUUAAAACCAAUAAAGGCUUGCCCUUAAUUAUCUCAGUUUUAAGUGUACAUAGCCUUUAAAUAACUUUAUCCCUUCUUAAAUAAGUAUAGCUUUCAAUUGUGAUAAAAAAAAUUUAAUUAAAAGACUCAUUAAAUCAGAAAAAUAUAGGUAUCUGAUAUUGAACAUUGAGCUUUAUGGAACUUUAUAGGUUUGAUGCAUUUCAUAUGUUUUAUAUUCUGCUGCUGAAUAACCUGGAAGUAAGUCGUCAGUAAUGCAAUUUUUGGACGUCAUUAAAGAUAUAAAGACUCGUUUUUUCUACCCUCUGUAAGAAUGAUCUAAAGUCACACUAUUUUCUCACUUUUAAUACCAUCUGCUUUUCCUUUGACUUAUAUUUGGUCCUUUUUGUCAUGGAAGCAUACAGCAUACAUUCUUCCUCUGGCACUCUACUUUGUAAUUAAUAAACUUGGAUCUGGGUCAUUUUGGUCACCCUGUUUUUUUUUUUUUUUUGUCAUGCAAAUUACUAGGAUUUUUGUAUGAAGUGACUCUUGAUAAUGUCCAUUAAAUUUCAGGGUUUCAGAUACCAGGGCCCUGAUCUUGUGAACACAAACCAACUGGAAUCUUUCACAUAUGCAGAUUUACACAGAGACUUUGCAGAUUAUUGGCAUCCCUAGCAAAACAUGUGCUUUAAAUACAUACAUAUCUUAUUACAAAACUGUAAUCUCAAACACUUGCACAAAAAGCGUCUUUGGAGAAAUUUUAACAUCAUUUUUGUGGGGUUUCUGGUCCUCAUCUAGUGUCUCAAAUCCAGUUCUAAGCUUUAUAAUCCUUCCUUUAGGUUAGUUUAAUGAUGCAUCUAUGUUCUUAUUGCCAUUUCCUGACUAAUCAAAUCAGCAAACAAUUUGUUUCUGCAUUAAUUGCACCCUGGGCGAACUCCUGUUUUAGCUCCUCGUCCCAUAAAUCAGAUACAACAUCAGCAUCACAUCCAUCCCUCAUUCCUACACUGUGCACUGAACUGGGAGAACCCCCUUCCCUAUUGGAUAAACAUGCAAAAAGGAAUAGAAAACUAACUAAAUUUUAACCUUUUAUUUAUGCACUUCAUGAAAAUCUGCUACAACAGAAAACAAAGUGAGAUUCCUACUGCAAUUAAAAAAUCUGUGUAUUUUAAGGCAGACAAAGCGAUUGAUGCUUAUUAAUUUUACAUCACUGACUGAAGAUUGCAUGCAUUUAUAAUUGUUUUAUUAAUGUUAAGCUCUUUUUGUGCUUGAUUUCAAGUCCUUUUCAGGCGACUCAUAUUAGAGACCCUUGGAAAUUUGCAAGGCAAUAGGAUUUGUGCUACAACUGCCAAUAUAAUAUACUAAAAAAGAGCAAUAGGGAAAUGAAAAAAAAAAAAAACACAAGAUCUACGGCAGCUAAGAUCAGCUACAGCAAGACACAGAUCGAGCCUGAACACAGGUAAAAGCACAAACAAUGUAACAAUCAGAAACUAGGCCUAAAAGCAGCGAAAAUGCUGAAUUUUAAGAAAAUACGUGGUCGAAGAUGAAGAAUCGCAUAAGAAUCUCCCUACCUUGCUGGUCUCUUUAAGCACAUCACAACAAUAAGAAUAAAAGCUACCUUCUACCUUCCAGUUUCACAUAAGCCUUGUAAUAAUAAACCUUCAUCUGAUUUACAGAAUACAACUAAAAUCUUCACAGCAACUUAAAAAAUAAAGCUUAUUAUGGGGGUACAAAAACGAACCAAAACAACAAAAGUAGAACAAAACAUUUUGGUGCAGAAGAUGGCACCAUUGGUAAGCCAUAGGCAAAGGCAGUUUGCAAAUGGAUAUGAGUGCGCUGGAGGAGGGACAGGUAGAUGUGUGGGGAAGUGAGGAGAAUAUGAGAAAUGUGAGUGCAAAAGCAGAUUUGUAUGUUUUUUUGUCAAACAUUUCCACAAUGACGUCUGGUCUGUCCAUAGCUGCAAUAUCCCCCCUUUAUUAACGAGAGACCACCAAGUGAAGAUGUACAAAAAGAUUUAUAUGAGUAUGAAGGAUGCAAAAAUGAUUACAAAUACUCAAAUACACAAACACAAAAACAACAGCCUGGAUAUAUGUGUUUAUUAAGCCCCCACCGCCCCCCCACCCCAAUAAAAGUGAGUACAAUGUUUGCCGCUGGGAGGCAUGUGCAUGUCUGCGUGUGCAUCUAAAGAUCUGAGUUGCAGAAUCUCGACUCUUUAACUAACAGCGAUAUGCUAAUAAUGGAGAUGUGUCAUGAAGAUCAAUGUGGCAGGGAGCAAGUGGCAGCAAUGACUACAGACACAGAGCAGCGAGUGUGCCCAGGCUCGCAAGACACGUGGCUCAGAGCGGGUGAGCUGCAGCCGAGGGAGGGGGGUGGGGGGGGGUCGAUAAGCUCGAUGAUCAGCUGGCAAAGACGGAUUUUAGCGAAAUGAUGGGAUGCAACUGCUGUGGUGCUGAGAUCAGCACAAAACAGAGAAGCUGUCAGAGAAAUUAUGCAAAAGGAGAGGGUUUGUUUUUUAUAUUCACAGUGAGAAGAAAAAGGAGAGGUGUUUUAGUUGGCUUUGGUUGCCUCUGCCCCCUGGGAUCGAGCUGAGGACUAAAUGCUAAAAAGGGGGCAUGGAUGGAGUCAGAUUGGGAGAGGGCCUGGCAAAAUGACACAAUGUUAAUGCAAAAAAAUCUCCAGUCUGGAGAGAGGAGGAAUGAGUAAAGGUGUAGUAGUGAUGCUUUUUACCUCCCACAUUGCUCCUCUGUUAAUUCUAGUUCUUACAGUGUAGUGAAACAGUCUUUGCCCAAUUACAGAUUUCUUCUCUUUUCACUUUUUUCUCCCCCUCACACCUAAAUGAUUCAGAUAAUCAAUCGAAUGUUAAUAUUGAUUAAAGACAAAACAAUUUUCAAAGCUGUCUGAACCAGUCUGGCCAUCAGUGAAAAAGUAAUUACCCCCGAAAUCUAAUAGUCUCUUUAAGGUCUUAGCACACUGUUUAAACUGGAUUUAAUUACAGACUUUGACUAGGAUUUAUAUUGUUUUGUUUACAUUUUUAGUGGAGUUGGUGGCGUGCAGUGGGUCCAGUAGGAGGGGUUUUAAUGUUCUUCACAUGGUUUUGAAUCAGUUAUGCAAAGUAACUUUGUCUGAAGCAGGAGUAACGCACAAAUCCAGAGACUUGAAGAUGGGGACCAGUUAGUGUACGCGCUCAGACAAGAUGGUGACACACAAUCAGAUCCUUGAGCUUUCCUGAUUAUCCGGUACUAGAAGAGCUUAUUUACAUCUGUCUCAGAGAUCUCCCGUCCAGGCAGGGGGUUCUGAUGAGAGUAAGGUAGGUGGUGCAGGUUGAGUUUUUGUGUCAGGGUGAAAUGUGGAGAAGUUUGAGGGAUGCAUGGCUUUUCAGACCUACGGUAGAAGCCGCUAUGGUCGCAUGCCAGGGUUCCAAUCCGGAUUGGGGGGAUGGGCUUCUUUAGUUGGUUUUAGAGUAAUCCCAUCAGAGGUCAGUGAACUGCAGGUGUAUAAGCUAAAGUAUGAGGAUAAGCACCGCACAAACCCACAAGGUUACAAGCCAGAGGAAGAUCAAGCAGCUCAGAUCGUCUUUCCAAGAUCAGGAUGGCAGAAGAUUGGGGAAAGCAGGCGUUUGCUCCCUGGAAGAACAAUGAAGAAACUACAAGGGGCUCUGCUUUCACAUACACAAACAGCAAUCAUACAAGAGAUCCUUUUGAGGGACCAAACUACCAUAUCGCUCCUCGAUGGGUUUACAACAUCACGACAGUCUGGAUGUGUUUUGUGGUCGUCUUAGCAGUCUUCACAAAUGGUCUGGUCUUGGUAGCCACAGCAAGGUUCAAGAAACUCCGUCAUCCCCUGAACUGGAUCUUAGUCAACCUUGCCAUUGCCGACCUCGGAGAGACGGUCUUUGCCAGCACCAUCAGCGUGUGCAACCAGUUUUUUGGAUAUUUUAUUUUGGGACAUCCAAUGUGCGUCUUUGAAGGCUACGUUGUCUCGACUUGUGGUAUUGCUGCUCUUUGGUCCCUGACUGUCAUCUCUUGGGAGAGAUGGAUUGUUGUGUGUAAACCUUUUGGAAAUACAAAGUUUGAUGCCAAAUGGGCGGCAGCUGGAAUCAUGUUCUCCUGGGUCUGGUCGGCAGUGUGGUGUGCUCCUCCCGUCUUUGGAUGGAGCAGGUACUGGCCCCAUGGGUUGAAAACGUCCUGUGGACCCGAUGUGUUCAGUGGAAGUGAGGACCCCGGUGUCAAGUCCUACAUGAUUGUCCUCAUGAUUACAUGCUGCAUCACUCCUCUGGCUGUCAUCAUCUUGUGCUACCUGGCAGUGUGGUUGGCCAUCCGUGACAUUGCUAUGCAGCAGAAGGAAUGCGAGUCGACCCAGAACGCCCAGAAGGAAGUAUCUAGGAUGGUUGUUGUCAUGAUCUUGGCUUAUUGUGUAUGUUGGGGACCUUACACCUUUUUUGCUUGCUUUGCCGCAGCCAACCCCGGAUAUGCCUUCCACCCGUUAGCCGCUGCCAUGCCUGCAUACUUUGCCAAAAGUGCCACCAUCUACAACCCGGUCAUCUAUGUCUUCAUGAACCGACAGUUCCGCACAUGCAUCAUGCGGCUUUUUGGGAAAGAGGUGGAUGACGGCUCUGAAGUGUCCACAUCAAAGACAGAGGUCUCCUCUGUGGCUCCUGAAUAAACCUUCAUAUCCUCUGUUGUUUUUUUAAAAUAAUUUGACCUGUAUGUAAAAUAUAAUUUGUUUUAUUUUAAAAGCUUAAAAGUGAAGGUUUUGUGUGUCAAUGCAUGAAAUGAACUUUAAUUAUUUUAAGAACUCAUGGAUGUGUUAAUGCAGCAAUUUUGGUAAGUCAACUAUUCACCAAUACUCCCUGUUGUCUGUAUUUGUGACCAACAGUUUUUAAUGUGGUUCACUGGAGUCCUGAAGCCUUAGAAAUGGUUUUGUAACCAUUUUGAUGGCACCUUUUGGGCGUCAGUGACUACUUUGAUUCUCAUCUGUUCUUGAAUUUAUUCCAGAUCUGUGCUUUUUAUGUGAUGUCAGACAGGUUCUAUCUGAGUGAUUUAUUUAAAAUAUUGGUCUUAAUGGGCUGAAACAUUUAAAUGUGACAAUACAUCAACACAGAAGAAAUCUGUAAGGUGGAAAAUAACAGCACGGAAUAUCUCAUGUAUUUGGCACAAAAACACCCCCUACUCAAACAAAACAGCAUCAGGCAAUAAUCAAGCCGUACAAAAGAUCAGAUGGACGAUGAAUGAAAAAGAAUGAGUGCUGGUGCAGAUCUGGAGAAAGAGGCAAUGAUUCAGAGAACUGUUGUUGAUCAGAAGAGGUGGUAGCACAAAUGUUUACAACUCAGUAAUGACGAAAUUAGAUGUUGCUAUGCGUCCCACCACGGUACAUAUUCCAUUUACAGCUGAGUCAAAUUAUUGGGGUAGCAAGUUUUAGAUGCUUUUGCUCCAAAAAUUAAAUCAAAUCAAUAUGUAAUCUUUGACAACACAUUUAUCUACCAGCCUUUGUACUUAGGCCAUAUUAAUACUUUGUAAAACAAUUUAGUUAUCCUAAAUUUGACCAGAUUGACAAAGUUAAUUCUUCCAGUUAUAUGCUAUUACAUAAUGAGGAAAUUUACAAAUUUUGUCUUGUUAAAACAACAGAAUGUAAAGGAUUAUAUUAAGGUUUUAUGUGAUAGACCAACACAAGAAUUGUGAAGUGGAAAAAAAUAAAUUUUGUUUUUUUUACCCCUUUCUUUAAACUUCAAAAGUGUGGUGUGAAUGUGUAUUUAACCCCCUGGACUGUGCUGGCCCUAAAUAAAACCCUUUGCCCCCAA